AUGGCGGCUAGUACCUUCGACGUGGAGAACAGAAAUAAUGAUAGUAAGGAAAUCGAAGAAAGGAAAGGCAACAGAUGUACAUUCAUUUUUCUCUUCAUUUUCAAAGUCAUCCUGUUUUUCGCAUUCCUCUACUUGUUCAUCUGCUCUUUGGACUUUCUUAGCUCUGCAUUCAGACUCCUUGGCGGCAAGGCGGCUGGACAAGUUUUCCGAAACAAUGUGAUCCUGCGAAACCCCGUUGCUGGCCUGAUGAUUGGCGUGCUAGCUACAGUCUUGGUGCAGAGUUCCUCCACCAGCACGUCUAUCGUUGUAUCACUUGUAGGAGCUGGACUGUUGGAAGUUAAAACAGCUAUUCCUAUCGUGAUGGGCGCUAACAUCGGUACAUCAGUCACUAACACCAUUGUAGCCCUGGGACAGAUAACGAGCAGGAAGGAGUUUCGCCGAGCCUUUGCUGGGGCCACUGUCCAUGAUAUGUUCAAUUGGAUGACCGUUAUUGUUUUCUUGCCAUUGGAAGUCAUUACAGGCUAUCUAUUCCAUUUGUCAGAAGUAACGGUAAACAGUUUAGCAUUAGAGGCAUACGCUGAUGGAAAGAAAGACUUCCUAAAAGUGAUAACCAAGCCAUUCACUAAGCGAAUCAUUCAGGUCGACAAGAAAGGAAUCCAAAAAAUUGCACAAAACCAAGAUGUUGACUCUUUGUUGAAAAUUUGCUGCAAGUCAAAAACUCUCAAGAACGUUAAUGAAACAUUUACGAACGGGACAAGCUACGUAUUAUCAUCUAAAAAGAUAUGUGUGCAGGAAUGCGAGUAUAUUUUUAAGGACACCACACUAAGUGAUAGUGAAAUCGGGGGCAUCCUACUUGUAGCCUCUCUAGUUCUACUUUGUGUAUGCCUGUUUUUAAUCGUCAAGCUACUGAAUUCAAUGCUACAAGGCAAAAUACGGAAAGCUAUCAAGAGAUUCAUCAAUUAUGAGUUUCCCGGGAAGUGCGGCUACUUUACCGGAUACCUCGCUAUCAUUGUCGGCUGUGGUCUAACUAUCCUAGUGCAAUCCAGUUCUAUUUUCACAUCCACCAUGACGCCGCUUGUCGGUGUAGGAGUUGUCCGUCUCGAAAGAAUGUACCCACUCACGUUAGGAUCAAAUAUAGGAACCACCACGACGGGAAUACUAGCAGCUCUUGCACAAGAUGCGGACAAGAUGAGAAACCCUUUACAAGUAGCAUUCUGUCACCUUUUCUUCAAUAUCUCUGGGAUUCUCAUGUUUUAUCCAUUACCGUUUUUGAGAUUUCCGAUACCCUUAGCUAAAUUCUUGGGUAAAGAAACGUCAAAAUAUCGAUGGUUUUCCAUAAUGUACUUGGUCUGUAUGUUCUUCUUACUUCCUCUUCUAGUAUUUGCUUUGUCACUCGCUGGAUGGGAGGUAAUGGCGGGUGUUCUUAUCCCGAUAGGCACUUUUAUUGUUAUAAUCGUUACAAUCAAAAUCAUACAAGCAAAAAAACCAUCCAUUCUACCAAUGAAACUCCAGAACUGGAAAUUCUUGCCAAUUUGUUGUCGAUCGCUGGAACCUGUCGAUAGAGUGAUGAGUAUGUGUUGUUGUGAAAAAUGCACUUCUCUGAAUGAAGAUACUGAUUCCGAGACCGAGGGAAAUACGCCGGAAACGAAGGUCAAUCAAAGUAAGGACCGCGAGGUCACACAUAUAUAA